AUGAAUCAGAUCAAGGACAGUGAAGAGGAAGCUCCGCCCUCUAAAACCACUCUGUGUGAGGAACAUGAGGGUCAGAGGAGGAUCCAUCAACAGAGACCAGACUCUGCUGGACCUGGACCUGGACCCAGCUGUGUGUCCAUGAAGAGUGACUGCUCCAUGUAUGAACCUUUGAACUUCAAACAAGAACAGAGGACGAUCCAUCAACAGGGACUAGACUCUGCCGGACCUGGACCUGGACCCAGCUGUGUGUCCAUGAAGAGUGACCAGUCUAUAGAUCAUCUUUCUGACUUCAAGGAUGGACAAAAACAUGGUGAACUGAUAGUUGAUCAGCAGAGGACAGAGGUUCUCAGUGGUCAGUCUGUCCAGCAGCAUGGAGCAGACCUGGACUCCAUAUUUAAGCUGCUGGAGGAGAACAUCAUCUGCUUUGUGAAGAACGAGCUGAAGAAGAUCCACAAGGUUCUGGAUACAGAUCACACAGAAGUCUCAGAGAGUCAGAGGGAGGAUGAGGAGCAGAGGAGCAGCAGAGAGGCCUUUCUGAAGAUCACAGGGGACUUCUUAAGGAGGAUGAAGCAGGAGAAGCUAGCUGACAAAAUCAGAGCUCCAGCUUGUCGACGUGAACUCAAAUCAAACCUGAAGAAGAAGUUCCAGUGUUUGUUUGAGGGCGUGGCUAAAGCAGGAAACCCCACCCUUCUGAAUGAGAUCUUCACAGAGCUCUACAUCACAGAGGGAGGGACUGGAGAGGUCAAUGAAGAACAUGAGGUCAGACAGAUUGAAAGAGCUUCCUGGAAACCAGACAGACCAGAAACAUCCAUCAGACAAGAAGACAUCUUUAAAGCCUCAGCUGGAAGAGACGGACCAAUCAGAAGAGUGAUGACAAAGGGCGUGGCUGGCAUUGGGAAAACAGUGUUAACACAGAAGUUCACUCUGGACUGGGCUGACGACAAAAGCAACCAGGACGUACAGCUCAUGUUUCCCUUCACCUUCAGAGAGCUGAAUGUGCUGAAAGAGAAGAAGUUCAGUUUGGUGGAACUCAUCCAUCACUUCUUCACUGAAACCAAAGAAGCAGGAAUCUGCAGGUUUGAAGACUUUAAGGUGGUCUUCAUCUUUGAUGGUCUGGACGAGUGUCGACUUCCUCUGGACUUCCACAACACUGAGAUCCUGACUGACAUCACAGCGCCCACCUCAGUGGACGUGCUGCUGACAAACCUCAUCAGGGGGAAACUGCUUCCCUCUGCUCGCCUCUGGAUAACCACACGACCUGCAGCAGCCAAUCAGAUCCCUCCUGACUGUGUGGACAUGGUGACAGAGGUCAGAGGGUUCACGGACCCACAGAAGGGGGACUACUUCAGGAAGAGGUUCAGACAUGAGGAGCAGGCCAGGAGGAUCAUCUCCCACAUCCAGACAUCACAAAGCCUCCACAUCAUGUGCCACAUCCCAGUCUUCUGCUGGAUCACUGCAACAGUUCUGGAGAACAUGUUGAAAACCAGAGAUGGAGGAGAACUGCCCAAGACCCUGACUGAGAUGUACAUCCACUUCCUGGUGGUUCAGUCCAAAGUGAAGAGGGUCAAAUAUGAUGGAGGAGCUGAGACAGAUCCACACUGGAGUCCAGAGAACAGGAAGAUGAUUGAGUCUCUGGGGAAACUGGCUUUUGAGCAGCUGCAGAAAGGAAACCUGAUCUUCUAUAAAUCAGACCUGACAGAGUGUGGCAUCGAUAUCACAGCAGCUUCAGUUUACUCUUUACUCUUCAAAGAGGAGAGAGGUCUGUGCCAGGACAAGGUCUUCUGCUUUGUCCAUCUGAGUGUUCAGGAGUUUCUAGCUGCUCUUCAUGUUCAUCUGACCUUCAUCACCUCUGGAACAAAUCUGUUGUCAGAAGAACCAACAAUGAGCCAGUGGUCCAGACCGUUUAGAAAAAAACUUAAACUUAAUCAUCUGCACCAGACUGCUGUGGACGAGGCCUUACUGAGUCCAAAUGGACACCUGGACUUGUCCCUCCGCUUCCUCCUGGGUCUUUCACUGGAGACCAAUCAGAAGCUCUUAAGAGGUCUAUUGACACAAACAGGAAGCGGUUCACAGACCAAUCAGAAAACAGUUGAGUACAUCAAGAAGAAGAUCAGUGAGAAUCUGUCAACAGAGAGAAGCAUCAACCUGUUCCACUGUUUGAAUGAACUGAACCACCGUUCUCUUGUGGAGGAGAUCCAAGAGUCCCUCACAUCAGGACACCUGUCCACAGAGACACUGUCUCCUGCUCAGUGGUCAGCUCUGGUCUUCAUCUUACUGUCAUCAGGAAAAGAUCUGGAAGAGUUUGACCUGAAGAAAUACUCUGCUUCAGAGGAGGCUCUUCUGAAGCUGCUGCCGGUGGUCAAAGCCUCCAACAAAGCUCUACUGAGUGGCUGUAACCUCUCAGAGAGAAGCUGUGAAGCUCUGUCCUCAGUCCUCAGCUCUGUGUCCUCUCGUCUGAGACACGUGGACCUGAGUAACAACAACCUGCCGAAUUCAGGAGUGAAGCUGCUGUGUGAUGGACUGAAGAGUCCUCACUGUUCUCUGGAGACUCUCAGUCUUUCAGGUUGUCUGGUCUCAAUGGAAGGAUGUUCUUCUCUGACCUCAGCUCUUAACUCAAACCCCUCCCAUCUGAGAGAACUGGACCUGAGUAACAAUGACCUGCAGGAUCCAGGAGUGAAGCUGCUGUGUGAUGGACUGAAGAGUCCUCACUGUUCUCUGGAGACUCUCAGUCUGUCAGGUUGUCUGGUCUCAAAGGAAGGAUGUUCUUCUCUGACCUCAGCUCUUAACUCAAACCCCUCCCAUCUGAGAGAACUGGACCUGAGUAACAAUGACCUGCAGGAUCCAGGAGUGAAGCUGCUGUGUGAUGGACUGAAGAGUCCUCACUGUUCUCUGGAGACUCUCAGUCUGUCAGGUUGUCUGGUCUCAAAGGAAGGAUGUUCUUCUCUGACCUCAGCUCUUAACUCAAACCCCUCCCAUCUGAGAGAACUGGACCUGAGUAACAAUGACCUGCAGGAUCCAGGAGUGAAGCUGCUGUGUGAUGGACUGAAGAGUCCUCACUGUUCUCUGGAGACUCUCAGUCUGUCAGGUUGUCUGGUCUCAGAGGAAGGAUGUUCUUCUCUGACCUCAGCUCUGAACUCCAACCCCUCCCAUCUGAGAGAACUGGACCUGAGCUACAAUCAUCCAGGAGACUCAGGAGAGAAGCUGCUGUCUGCUGGACUGAAGAGUCCUCACUGGAGACUGGACACUCUCAGGAUGGACCAUGCUGGAGAGCAGUGGUUAAAACCUGGUGUCAGGAAGUAUUCAUGUGAACUGAAACUGGACACAAACACAAUGCACAGAAAACUCAAACUGUCUGACGACAACAGGAAAGUGACCGGUGUGACAGAAGAUCAGUCGUAUCCUGAUCAUCCAGACAGAUUUAAGUUCUGUCCUCAGCUGCUGUGUAGACCUGGUCUGACUGGUCGCUGUUACUGGGAGGUCGAGUGGAGAGGAAGAGUUUAUAUAUCACUGAGUUACAGAGGAAUCAAGAGGAAAGGCAAUAGUUCUGACUGUUGGUUUGGAUAUAAUGAUCAGUCCUGGAGUCUGAUCUGCUCUGAUGUUCAUGGUUACUCUGUCUUUCACUGUGGGACACAAACACCCAUCAUGUCCUCUGUCUCUCACAGAGUAUCAGUGUAUGUGGACUGUCCUGCUGGGACUCUGUCCUUCUUCAGCGUCUCCCCUGACUCACUGAUCCACCUCCACACCUUCAGGACCACAUUCACUGAACCGGUUUAUCCUGGGUUCCUGGUCUGGCCUGGUUCCUCAGUGUCUCUGUGUCCUCUGUAGGACAUGAAGAGACAGCAGCUUCAGCGGUGGACGAGGUCAAAGCUCGUCUCAGUCAUUCUUUGUUGAAACCAUCAAUAAAUAAAGACUUAAAAAAUCAACAUGUCUGUCAUUAAGAGUUUGACUCUUUGUCUGAAGAACAUCAUCUUCUCACUGACGAGCCUUUCUGUCCCAGCAUGCAUUGCUUCUCCUCCUCCUCCUCUUCAUGCUGCCUGACAACAGCGCCCCCUGCUGCGUCUGAGCAGAACAGAAGAGCUUUAGAACUUCAGGUGAACCUCCUCUGCCACGGUCCAGAGAGAGACGCUUCUCUGUCCUUCUGAAGACAGGAGAGGAAGCUGGCGUUUGUCUGUUGGCCGCUUCUCCAAACCGCCUCUCCAAAUUGUUUAAACAAAAAUGUUUUUUUUUUAAAUCAUUUGUUUUAAUUACGGUGCCUUGGGAUUCCAACUUCGUCGGAUCUCAGGAUCUCAUCGUUUGACCACUGCCGACCGAUGCUGUACCUGCCUGCUAUCGGCUACCUGGUGCUGACCACCUCGUCCUGGGUGAGCUCCGCGCCCGGGAACCACUUAACGCACCAUCACAGGCGGAUAGCCUCUUCCCCUGCCCAUCUGCUCUCCAUCUCUGGGACCCCUGUCCGAGUCCACCUGCAAAUCGACUCUAGCAGGUAGGUGGCUAGUGCUGGCGUUGCUGUGACUAGCGGCUAGUGAGGCUAGAGAACAUCUUCCUUUGGACAGCAUGACACUCACUUAUUCCACCGCCUGACUCCUCCAAAUCAAAUCCACAAUCCCCCCUGGAUAUGAAAUCCCCCUCGUCAUCAAAGAACUCGGACUUCUGAGUCGGCCCCGCUAUAUCCACAGAAGCUGUCGGAAAAAGUUUGUUUACCACCGGCGGCAUGAUCGGUGCAUUCCUUCCCUGACGUCUGACGCACAUCUACAACGUCAUCAGAGCGCUGCCGUCUCCGGCUGUAGUCCGUGCCGUAGUCUCGCUGGAAACACCGCGAGACUGUCACAAACCAAGCAGGACAAAAAACGGGGAGCUGAUUCCAGCCUACUCCACCCUCUUCAGCGUCACACCACUUCAACAAAUGUCAAAAUUUAACUUUUAAACACUCAAUCCCUGAAUAAUAAAUCCUCCUUCAUUCAGGACCACAUUGCUGACAAACAGAUUGACUUCAUGUGCCUUACAGAGACAUGGCAACAACCUGAGGUCUAUUCUGCCUUGAAUGAAGCCUGUCCUCCUGGCUAUAGCUACCUGGAAAAAGCCCGCUGCACUGGCCGUGGUGGUGGCUUAGCUGUGGUAUACCGAAGCAAUUUUAAUUUGUCUCCCCUACCUCUGCCUGCAUCUUCAUCAUUUGAAUGCCUUGCAUUUAAAUGCAAACCCCCUUACUCAUUUACAGUACUCUUGGUCUACAGGCCCCCCAAAUCUAACUCAGCCUUCAUGCCACGCCCCCCUGGUACACCAGCGAGCUGCGGGAAAUAAAGAAAGCAGGACGUGUCCUCGAAAGGCGUUUCAAGGUUUCAAGGCACAAACUUGCCUAUCGGGAAUAUCAAGAGACCUACUCAAAAUCCCUCAGUGGUGCGCGGUCUUGUUUCUUCUCUGGUCUCAUCAACAAUAGCCCUGGAAACUCAAAAAUACUUUUUUCUACUGUCAAUAACCUUCUCAAACCUCAAACCCCCCUGAAAUUGGACACCACACAGGAGCAGUGCAACAACUUCAUCUCUUUCUUCAGGACAAAGGUAGAUAACAUCCGUGCCAUCCUCUCCUACACUCCAUCAUCGGACUCUCUGACUCAACUCUUAACUGGUUCACCUCCUACCUCACCAACAGAACGGAAUACGUCUCCCUGGGAGAAGCCAAGUCUGACAAGCUACCUGUCUCCUGUGGUGUCCCCCAAGGGUCAGUCCUUGGCCCCACCCUUUUCACUGUGUACAUGCUUCCCCUUGGCCGUGUCAUCAGCCGGCAUGGAAUAUCUUUCCAUUGCUAUGCUGAUGACACUCAACUCUACCUCAAAAUCAACCCAGCAUCCUCUGAAUUCCUGCCACCCUCCACACUCACAACCUGCCUGGGGGAGAUAAAGGCGUGGAUGAGGGAACAUUUUCUGCAGCUCAACUGUUCAAAAACAGAAGCCAUUCUCGUUGGCACCCCACAUCAGACCCGGUCACCCACCAUUACCAAUAUCACCUUCGCCGGCCACGACAUCCACCUCUCUUCAUCAGUCACCAACCUUGGUGUAGUAAUGGACCCUCACUUGACCUUUGGACUUCACAAUAAACAGCUUUGCAAAAACUAUUUUUACCACCUAAAAAAUAUUGCAAAACUCCGCCCCUCUCUCUCUCUCACUUCCAGAUGCAGAGAAACUUAUCCACACCUUUAUCUCCACCAGGCUGGACUACUGUAAUGGUCUUCUUGUCAGGAUCACAAACAAAAACAUUCAGAAGCUUCAACACAUACAAAACUGUGCUGCCCGGAUCCUCACAAAGACUCGAAAAUAUGACCAUAUCACACCAAUUCUCAAAUCCCUUCAUUGGCUCCCAGUCUCACACAGGAUUGAAUACAAAAUCUCACUACUAACCCACCAGUGCCUCUAUGGUAAUGCUCCAACCGACUUGAAGGAGCUAAUCACCCCUCAACCCACUCCUUGACACCUCCGCUCUGGCCAGGCAGAAGGGGAAGGGAAAAUGAAACACACAUGAGCAGAUUAUGCCAUGAAUGAGGAAGUGUGGUUUCUGCUGUGAUGCAGGUGAAACUGAGUGUGCGUGACCUCAGGAUGACCUCUGUCCUCCUGCUGCUCUGUGAACGACAGCGAAGAACGUGUCCACAGUGACAGGAAACUCAUGACACUCAGAGGGUUUUUGCACUUUCCAAACAUCAUCAGUGUCUGUGGUUUCUGUUUCUGUGGCUUAAUGAAGAAUGACAUUUUCAACAUCAAUAAAAACCACAUCAUAUCA